GACAAAUCACACUCACUGGCACUGCCAACGAUGUCAUCUCCCAGACCAGAUCCAUUGAACUAUACUUGUACAGACUGUUGUGAUCUUCUAUCCUGCAUGGGACUGGAAAAUAGGAUCACAGGCGACGUCUUCGAGUUUUUGUGCAGCAAGACAAGUAUUGCCAUUUUGCCAACAUGUUUUACGAAGCAUAACUUGAAUCAUUGCACUUACAUGAAAAAACUGGUCCCCUUGAUGCCAUCUUCUGAUAAGAUUGCAGAAGAAUUCCCACAAUUCUGUAAACAAAAGGAAGAUAUGAAAGCUAUACAAUCUUGUUUGACAAACAGUAGUGUAGGAGUAGAUGUACUUGACAGAUGUACCACACCUUAUAUAAAUGGGUUGAAGGAUAACGACAGCACCGUCUGCGAGACAACAGACACAAUGACUCAAUGUGUACUAGCGGUGUUAAAGACAACGAACUGCAGUGUUAUCGUUGGUAAAAACUAUGAACAAUCAAUGAAAUUACAGAAACAGAAUAAUCCGUUUUGCACCAAUGCAUCAGGUCAAAUGUGUACAGUGUUGUAUAUCAUUAUCAUAAGUUUAAUGCUAAUGUGGAAUACAAUGGUUUGAAAUUAUGACAAUAAAUAAUAUUUGUUGAGGUGAAGUAGAUAUAAUUAUGUGGUUCACUUGUUGUAUGAUCUAUAUUUCGUCAAUGUAAAUAACAGAUAAUCGUAAGGCUUAUUUUUGUAGGUUUUUAAUUUUGAUUAUCUUGGUUUUGUAAAAAAAAGCAAAAUGAACAGUAUAACAAAUAAUAUGAACAACUUUGAUAAUGCUGUGUAUUAAUCCUUCAAAUAAUGUUUUUAUAUAUUAAUUGUGCUGUUUCUGUAUAAGUGUCUGUGUGAUUUUGUUAGCAAACCUAUUCUGAAUGUUUUAAUGUAUAGAUAUUUGCCAAAUAAAAAUAAAUAAAUAAUUGAAA